UGAAAACAUUUUACAGGAAAGAAAGCUAGCACAAGCUUUCCUUGUCUUCCGGCCUGCAACUGGUUUCUGACUCCAAAGCCAUAGCCAUGAGUUUUUCAACAGUAUCCUCAACUGCCUAUCUCUAUGUUUUGCCUAUAUCUCCUUAUACGGGGGUGAUUUCGAUUCCAAGGCAGAAGGAUCCUCUCAGAAGGAGGAAAGCUAGAGUUUUGCCGCAAGCAGCUAUUGUGGAGGCAAGACCCCAGGCGUUGCCUGCGAUUAAAGAAGUGACUGGUGGUAAUAAUGCAGUGCCAUUCCGUCGACGUGAUUCCUCAAUUAGGGAUCGAACAGGCGAUAUGCAAGCCGAGGCAAGAGCCAUGACCCGUGCUGCCAAUGCUUCUGUUUAUAGCCCUGAACUUCUGUUAGUCAAAUACGGCUCACGUCCUGUCAGGGUUCUGCGGAGGACUCUUGAAAUAUUUAUUGGCCUCGGUUCAUUUGGGUUCAAGCUAUGGUUGGACCAGUUGAACGGACAGCUCAAUCAGAACAGAAGAUUGCGGGCCAUUCAGCUGAGGAAUAUUUUCACGAGAUUGGGACCUACUUUUGUCAAAAUAGGACAGGGUUUGUCAACUAGGCCUGAUCUGUGUCCACCUGAGUACCUCGAGGAGCUUUCUGAACUGCAGGAUGCUUUGCCGACAUUUCCAGAUGCAGAGGCUUUUUCUUGCAUUGAGCGAGAGUUGGGACUCCCACUUGACUCCAUCUACUCAUCAAUAUCUCCAUCUCCAAUUGCUGCUGCAAGUCUAGGACAAGUUUACAAAGCUCAGCUGAAGUAUUCUGGCCAGAUUGUUGCUGUGAAGGUGCAACGGCCUGGUAUUGAAGAGGCUAUUGGACUUGACUUUUACCUGAUUAGGGGUAUAGGAUUCCUCAUAAACAGAUAUGUUGACAUUAUUUCCAGCGAUGUCGUUGCCCUUAUAGAUGAAUUUGCUCGUAGAGUUUAUCAAGAGCUCAAUUAUGUGCAGGAGGGGCAGAAUGCAAGGAGGUUUAAAAAGUUAUAUGCUGAUAAAGCAGAUGUCCUUGUCCCAGAUAUCUUCUGGGACUACACUAGCGGGAAAGUAUUGACAAUGGAUUGGGUUGAUGGCGUCAAAUUAAAUGAGCAAGAAGCCAUUGAGGGUCAAGGGCUGAAAGUUUUGGAUCUGGUGAACACUGGAAUUCAGUGUAGUCUUAGACAGCUCCUUGAGUAUGGAUAUUUUCAUGCAGAUCCUCAUCCUGGAAAUCUUUUGGCAACACCGGAUGGGAAGCUUGCUUUUCUUGAUUUUGGGAUGAUGAGUGAAACCCCAGAAGACGCAAGAUCCGCUAUAAUCGGCCAUGUUGUUCACAUGGUGAAUAGGGAUUAUGAAGCUAUGGCUCGUGAUUACUAUGCUCUAGAUUUCUUGUCCCCGGAAGUAGAUGUUUCCCCGAUUGUACCAGCACUUCGAAACUUCUUUGAUGAUGCACUUAACUCAACUGUGAGUGAACUGAACUUCAAAACGCUGGUGGAUGGUCUGGGUGCUGUUCUUUAUCAAUAUCCAUUCAAUGUUCCAGCUUAUUAUGCAUUGAUAUUGAGGUCGCUCACUGUUCUCGAAGGUUUGGCACUAUAUGCAGACCCUAAUUUUAAAGUUCUGGCCGCUUCAUAUCCGUAUUUUGCAAAAAGGCUUCUCACAGAUCCAAACCCAUAUCUCAGAGAUGCUCUUAUUGAGUUGCUUUUUAAGGAUGGCAAAUUCAGGUGGAAUAGACUUGAAAAUCUACUUGUUCAGGGGAAAAAGGAUAGAGAUUUCUCUGCAAAAGAUGCUUUACAACCUGUCUUGAAGCUAUUGUUGGGUCCAGAUGGUGAAGAGCUCAGGGCUUUAGUUAUUAAAGAGUCUGUACGUGUUUCUGAAGCUGUUAUUUUGGGCUCAAUGUUGGAUACUUACAAUUCUGUUCCCAGUCCUAUGAGGACUCUCAUUUUCAAUGGUAAUGCCACUGGACCUCUUAUGAUGAGUGAUGCCGAACAAAACAGCCUCAUGGAACUUAGGGCACAAGUGUUUAGGAUAUGGGGGCUUCUGCGAGAAUCAGAUAAUUUUGAUCCUUCUUUAUUGCAGCCUCUUUUACAGGUUCUUCAAGAACCGGAGGCACGCAGUCUUGGGGGAAGUGUCAUUGGCAGAAUUACUCAACGUCUGGCAGCGCGCUUACUGCAACAAGUUCUCCGAGCUCCAACGGCACCGCCUGUUUCAACUUCAUGAUAAUUGUUAAUUUUUAUGUAAGCCAAUACGCGUCAUAUUUGGACCUGAACAUAUUUUUUUUAUUAUCAUGGUUAAUGAAACAUAAAUAGAAAAGAGAAAAAAGAAAGAGGCUAAGCAUUUCUCAUGGUGUUGUGUUGUAACUGUGCCGUAGACUUCGCUAGCUUGCUUUGGUUAUGUAGCAGGAUAGCUACUUCUUGAUUACAGAAGGGGCAGCCUGACAGCUAUCGAAAUGGAACACAUCCAAGUUUCUUUUUGACA